CUUCUCGCCAGUCAUUCGGCCCGCACCCGGGUUCCGGGCCGCGGGGUCUCGGUUCCGGGUUCGUUGCCCCGGUUCCCCGACCCGGUUGGUCUCUGGGGCCGGCCCGGGCACGCGUGACACCCGUCGGGGGUUGGGACUCCCCGGAUCCCAGCCAGCGGGCUCCCUCGCCCUCGCCGGCCCGCCCUGCCCCCGGCCCGCACCAUCCUUGCCGCCCCAUGGAGUCCCAGUGCGACUACUCGAUGUACUUCCCGGCUGUGCCGCUGCCGCCGCGCGCGGAGCUAGCAGGGGACCCGGGCCGGUACCGGGCGCUGCCCCGGCGCAACCAUCUCUACCUGGGGGAGACUGUCCGCUUCCUGUUGGUGCUGCGCUGCAGGGGCGGCGCGGGGUCCGGUGUCGGGGGCGGCUCUGGCUCGGGUUCCCGAGGGGCCUGGACAGAACUGGCAACUGCCCUGGCUGCUCUGGCCUCGGUCAGCGCCGGAGGCGUGGCUCCUGGGGGCAGUGGCCCCAACGACCAGGAUCCCGAACCCCCAGGGGGCGGAGAUCCUGGUGGUGGGGGUUUGUUCCGAGGAUGCAGCCCCCUCCUUACCCAUGGCCCCAGCCCUGCUACCUCAGGGGGAGCGACCACGCUGCCUGUGGAGGAACCAAUUGUGUCCACAGAUGAGGUCAUCUUCCCACUCACCGUUUCACUGGAUAGACUUCCCCCAGGGACACCCAAAGCCAAGAUUGUCGUGACCGUCUGGAAGCGGGAGGUUGAAGCACCAGAAGUCAGAGAUCAAGGCUACCUUCGAUUGCUGCAAACCCGAUCCCCUGGAGAGACCUUCCGUGGAGAGCAGAAUGCUUUCAAGGCCCAAGUGAGCACCCUGCUGACUCUGCUGCCCCCUCCGGUUCUGAAAUGCCGCCAGUUCACUGUGGCUGGAAAACACUUGACCGUUCUCAAGGUGCUGAACAGCUCCUCCCAGGAGGAAAUUUCCAUCUGGGAUAUCCGCAUUCUCCCAAACUUCAAUGCCAGUUAUCUACCUGUCAUGCCCGAUGGCUCUGUGCUGCUGGUGGACAAUGUCUGUCACCAAUCUGGGGAAGUCUCCAUGGGCUCCUUCUGCCGGCUCCCCAGUACCUCUGGUUGCUUCCCCUGCCCGCUCAAUGCCCUGGAGGAACACAACUUCCUGUUUCAACUGAGAGGGGGUGAGCAGCCCCCUCCAGGGGCGAAGGAGGGCCUAGAAGUACCCUUGAUUGCUGUGGUUCAGUGGUCAACCCCGAAACUGCCCUUUACACAGAGUAUCUACACCCACUACCGCCUGCCCAGCAUCCGCCUGGACCGCCCGUGCUUUGUGAUGACUGCUUCUUGCGAGUCCCCUGUUCGGACCUAUGAGCGUUUCACUGUCACCUACACACUGCUCAACAAUCUCCAAGACUUCCUUGCCGUGAGGCUUGUGUGGACCCCAGAACAUGCACAGGCUGGAAAACAGCUGUGUGAGGAGGAGCGUCGGGCCAUGCAGGCAGCCCUGGACUCCAUUGUCUGCCACACACCCCUCAACAACCUCGGCUUCUCCCGGAAGGGCAGUGCACUCACCUUCAGUGUGGCCUUCCAGGCUCUAAGGACGGGGCUUUUUGAGCUGAGCCAGCACAUGAAACUGAAGCUGCAGUUCACCGCCAGCGUGUCCCACCCUCCGCCUGAGGCCCGGCCCCUCUCCCGGAAGAGCAGCCCUAGCAGCCCUGCUGUCCGGGACUUGGUGGAGAGGCACCAGGCUAGCCUGGGCCGCUCUCAGUCCUUCUCUCACCAACAGCCCUCCCGCAGCCACCUCAUGAGGUCAGGCAGUGUGAUGGAGCGCAGGGCCAUCACGCCCCCUGUGGCCUCUCCUGUUGGCCGCCCCCUCUACCUGCCUCCGGACAAGGCUGUGCUCUCUCUGGACAAGAUUGCCAAGCGCGAGUGCAAGGUCCUGGUGGUGGAGCCUGUCAAGUAGCCUCGUGCUGACGCUCUUCCCUCUUGCACUUCCAGAAAUUAAAAGCCCCCCCUAGGGGGGUUCUCCCUCCAGGCUGUGCCUCCCCUAGAUGCCUCCCACCAUGGGUGAGGAGGCCCAAUAGGGCUGCCUGUCUGUGUCUGCUGAUGAGGAACGAGGGACGAAGCUGUGAAAUGGGCGGGUAUGGCUGCAGCACUAAGCCAACAGUAUUUCCCCAAUGUCCUGGGGGGGGCUGGCCCCACCCCUUGGCCAGGGCAAGGUCUCUAAGAGCUCCCUUGCCCACCCACCCCCCCCACCUUUACCCUGGUUCUAAGUUUACAAAGUGUUUUCCUCAUUCCUAUUAAGUUGUCUUUCCAGCCUCUGGCAUUCCCUCCCUCCCACCCACCCACCCGCAGGGCUGAGAUUAGAGGGUGGUGCUGGUAAAGGGACCCCGACAAUGACCCUCCUGUCUCAGGGGUCAGAGGAGAUAGCUAGGUGGCCUCCUCCUGCCCCUCAUGUUUACGUUUGCAGUCUGAAGCACUUUAAGUUGUGUGGGAUUUUUUGUGUGUGUGUCUACCUGUUCUUGUAACUUAUUCUCCAUCUACUGCUUCCAACUGAAAUAAGACUAUUAAAUGCCUGUUCAGGAGGGAGAA